AAGGAAUCACACAAUCCGGGACUGUUGGUCAAGAAGAUUGCAUGCAGGUCACUAAGAUUGUAUUUCCGAAAUGAAACAAUUAUGCAUUAUGAUUUUACUGUGGUUUUAUUCUGCCUUAUGCUUGCCUCUUGUCCUUGGUGUCUGUUGCCGACAACGUCUCGCCAUCCGCCCCCAUUCAUCUCGCUGACGUCUCACAUGACUCGGAUGACUUGGAUACCGAAUGCGGAGACAGAGAACAGGAAGAGCACAACUAUGUCAAAAGGGCAAAAAGAAGGGAUACAUACAACACUCGGCAUUCGCUAGUCGUCACCGACCUAGCUACUACUCAAGCGCUCCUCAGCUUGACUCUGGGAGAGCAAACGGGAUCCUGUAUUUUCUGAGGGCUAUGGUCGUAUGUGCUGGGGAGCGGUGUUGGAGAGGGCUAUUGGGAGCCUCAGAAGAAAGGGCUGGAAGGGUGGGCACCAGGAUACAGCAAUGGGCAAGAGCGAGAAUCGAUAUGCAACUGUGCUGUCGUCAUCGGCUGGCGGUGUAUGAUGUCGCCUCC